AUGCAUGCCAAUUUUCACCGGAAAGACGCAGUCAUCAUUCAGGAAGGAUUUCAGCGUUUCCGUGCCAGCGAGAAUUGCGGUGUUCAAAUUUGUCCGUUCUAUCAGGAACGAACGACACAUUUUCACUGUCGACGGCCGAAUUGUCGAUUCACCUUCAAAAACAAAGCAGACAUGGGUUGUGACUACGUUGUGCAUUCGUCCAGUCAAAUCUUAUCGCACAAACGCAAACACGACCGUCGUUUCUCCCACUUGACCCCGAGGCAUAGUGAUCCGGCCCAAUUUACUGAUCUAUCCAAUUUGACAUUUGAUUCCGCAUUGCGUGCUGAUCCGAAUGUGUCUCAAUCCAAUCCGUCCCCAUACGAUCUGUCCCCAGGGGCUGCGGAUUUCGGUGAGCCAUUGGACAUGAAAUGUUAUCCCCUGUCCGCGGGAAAACAGGAGGACGAAGCUCUAACUCCUCGAACCCCCAGUGAGAAUUCCCCGUUUGCUUCGGGACCGCGGGAAAUGCUCAGUCCCGUACAGGAUUUGACCAGUCAAAUCAGUGAUAAAGUUUACCGUAAAGCCAACUGCUUGUUUGAAAAAUGUUUAAACAAGCGGAAGGAAUCCAGUGUCACGUUCCUUCUACCUGGGAACUGUAACGAAGAAGAGGAAAAGAGAACGUUACGAAUACUCUUUCCACAGCAACAUGUAUGUUCAGGUGAUAUAGAUGAGGACUGGAAAAUUGAAGGUGAGAAUACCGAAGAGGUUGAGCAUCCAAAAGAUGCACCAGAUUCAGAUAUACACCUGAUCCUUCGACUGGUUCACCAGUUCCACGAGCAUCAAACAGGCAACGAGGAUGCCGAUGAUGAGGAUGCCAACGUGUUGAAAUGCGGUCUUUCAUCUUGUACAAUGACGGAUUCUAGUUGCCCCAAUCCACCGGAAGAUCCACAUAUGCACUGCUGCUUUUGGCCUGCUUGUGCGUACAAGGUCCGUUUAUGUGACAAAGAUCCGUUUGAACCGUUCAGUCAUUUAGUGUCUCACGAAGCGCGAUUUGCUAGACCGUCAGUUGAAAGGAAACGGCUAGAUACCCUAUCUGGCCGGGAUAUUAACACUUCCAGACAGUCUGUUUCUCCCAAUCAACCUAGCGGGAACAUUUCGUUUAACGAAGUCAAUACAAACCCCUGUCCACUAGCCGGUCACCAGCCACGAAGACGAGGUCGACCACCGAAAUAUACCAAAUAUAUUCGAGUGCCUCGACCGCAACUCCCGGACGAGCUGUGCACAGAUAAUUGUGCAGCCACUGAUCUGACUCGAGAUAUGUUUUUUACCGAGCGGCUUUCGGCUCACUGCACAUCCCAAGUGCGGAUAGUUGGUGGGGUCAAACUGUACAUCACUAACGAACAGUGUCCGGACGAUCUAUGUGACUAUUCCAUACAACGGGUGGAACACUAUCACUGUGUUCGACCUCGUUGCUAUAUGGCCUCGGAGAGUUUGGACUUAAUGAAUGUGCACCGUCGUGAGUUUCACAAUCACGUGAAAAUUGCCCCCGGUUUUGAACAUUUUGAUCGGAGUGUGGAUUGUCGACGUCCGACGUGUCACAGCAAACGAAUGAAUCAACACUACCAUUGCACCUAUCCAAAUUGUGAUUACGCGUUUAUACGUCCCAGCACAAUGCUUCAGCAUGCCAGAAAACACGAGGAGGUGGCACGAGCCAGAAGACUUGGACUGAAUCACCUCCAAAAACAUACUCACAUGCUCAACCGGAUCGCGAAUACGGAUCGACUGAGUGUGCGUCAAGUUGCCAUGGACCAAUUGACGAAACCCAUGGGACAAGUUGAAAAGCCUCCAUUUCUCCCACUGGGUCUAUCAUCCCUCGUUGCUGCCCAAUUGCCGACAAUUUUCCCCCCAACCACUGUGGCUCCGAACGAGCAGACACAUUGCACUGGUGGAUCGAUCGAUUCUCCCGGCUUGACCCACAUGUCUUCACAAUCGGCCUAUCCGCAAAAUUCGUUGCCUGGAUUCCUACCGAUCUGGGCGGCUGCCAUGGCCGCGGCUGCUGCUGUGGCCAAGCAAGCAAACGGUUGGCCAGAAGGUUUAAUGGAUCACCGGCCUGAGUCAAAUAAUGACAGAUAUACCGGUCUAGACAGUGCAACUAACGGGCAGAGUGUUUCCCAACUUCAGGAGGGAUUUCACCGACAAUCUGAAGUGGUAGAUCCACAUGCGAUGGAGGAUGAUGUCUAA